AUGUCUACAUACGUUUCCAACAAGGAAAACAUAUAUCCAUACAACACGCCGUCGUUUGCUAAGAAAGCUGCGAAAAAGGCCCUCUUGAAUCGAGCAGGAACCAACAGCAACAACUAUUACAACAACCACAACAGCAACAAUAUGGACAACAAACAACGAUCCCAGUUUCAGAACCGUUUGAAUAUGAGCCGGAUCCAGCCUAACCAUAUUGAUAAAGUGGUGGAAUCCGUAGCCAAUGCAACCAAGAGAUUGUCCCAACAGUCGGCCCAAUCUUCAUCUUCAAAGAAGAAAACGGAAAAUAGAGUUGGUCCUUGGCGAUUGGGCAGAACCUUGGGUAAAGGCUCCACUGGGCGUGUCAGGUUGGCAAAACAUAUCCAAACAGGCAAAUUGGCAGCAAUCAAAAUCAUCCCAAAAACGUUCAUUGAUGAUUCUAUUGGUAAUGACAGUGUCAAUAACAGGGGGAAACAGAAGAAGAAACAAAAGUUUGACGAAAAUGGCCUCCCCUAUGGUAUCGAACGUGAGAUCAUCAUAAUGAAAUUGAUAUCACACCCAAAUAUAAUGGCGUUAUAUGAUGUCUGGGAAAAUAAGGAUGAACUAUACCUAGUGUUAGAAUAUGUUGAAGGUGGUGAAUUGUUUGAUUUCUUGAUCAACAACGGUAGAUUGAGUGAAAGGGAUGCAAUCUCCUACUUUAGGAUGAUCAUCAGUGGUGUAUCUUAUUGUCAUAAGUUCAACAUCUGCCAUCGAGAUCUAAAACCAGAAAAUAUCUUACUUGACAGAUACGGUAGAAUCAAAAUUGCAGAUUUUGGUAUGGCUGCUCUGGAGACUAAACAGAAACUAUUAGAAACUUCUUGCGGCUCACCCCAUUAUGCUUCACCUGAAAUUGUUGCGGGUAAAAACUAUCAUGGUUCUCCAAGUGAUGUUUGGUCUUGCGGUGUCAUCUUAUUUGCCUUGUUAACUGGUCAUUUACCAUUCGAUGACCCCAAUAUUAGAAAUCUAUUACUAAAAGUACAAACAGGUAAAUUUCACAUGCCUUCAUCCCUAUCGAAUGAGGCAAAGGACUUGAUUUGGUCGAUGCUUCGAGUAGAUCCAAAUCAAAGAAUCCAAAUCCAGGACAUAUUUAAUCAUCCUUUGAUGUUGAAAUAUUACCCACUAGACGUCGAAUACAAUGAUAGCAACCAAAUUGAGAAUCAAUUGAAUCAUUUAGAUAUUUCGAAACCUAUAAAAGAUAUCGAUGAAGAUAUCCUGAGUAAUUUACAGACUCUCUGGCAUGGCUUGCCCGAAGAUCAUCUUAUUCAUUCAUUACAGAACGAUGAAAAUAACCCAGAAAAGAUGUUCUACUAUCUAUUGGAGAAUUACAAAUUGACUCAUAUGGAUGAUUUGGAUUCUCAGCCUCCAAGCCUAACUCAUUCUAUAUCCCAAACUGCAAUUCCGCUGAAACCAAAGAAUACAAUCCCAAGAUCAACAAGUACAGUUAUUACUACAAUCCAAGAUGAAGACGGAAAAGUAUUGAAGUCAGAGGUCCAAGAAAUAAAACCGAUGAAAAAUUCUUCGUCAAAGGAUUUAAAGGGGAAGCUCAAAAAGAAAACCUCUCAAUCUAAAAUCGUUGCAUCUACUUCCUAUAAUAAGUCAAUUUCUUUUAGAAUGAAGAGAGAUUCAACAUUAUCCAUUAUUAAUAUGAAUAGGAACUUGGGCAUUAAAAAUGAUGCUAGCAUCAAAAAUUUGGCUGUUAGAUUGCAAAAUUCUCCCAUCGAAGGAGAACAUGAUGAAAAUCACCCCAAAGGGGGAGUACAGAAGAAAUAUCAAAUUCAAAAUCAUUUACUGUUAACCCAAAGGACUUACCAGAGUUACCCGAUUUAA